AUGCACUUCCCGAACUUCAUCAAGCUAUCCACCUGCCUUGGCGUAAUCGCCUUGGCUAUGUUGCAAAACAAGGCUUGGGGGGCCAAUGCUGUGCCGGUGGUUCAACCGGAUCCCAUGGAUCGUAGCACGGUCACAGCAUGGUCGGGCCAGAUCAUGGGUAAGAUGAAUGCCCUUGGCUCGCCUCCUAGCCGAAUGGAUGUUGCAACCGUUCCCUUGGGCCAGAUGAGGAGCCUGGCUGACCGUGUCAGGAACGAGCUUCGAGAGCGGUCCGGCGAUCGCCAUCUGCUCUACCUUGGGCCUUCCUCCCGGGGUCACAUGUACGCCUUCCCACUGACCAGAACCGAGCAUGGACUUCGCCUUGUAACCGGUCCUCCUGAUCGCUACAGCCAGAUGGCUUUGAUCUCCGUCUCUCCUCGCGGCCAUGGAGAACGCUCGAUCUACCUCCACGACAUUGUUGGUGCUUGGAUUCCGAACAAGAACAUCAUGUAUCAGAACCUGAUGGGAGCCAACGCUUACCACUAUUCGUCGGCCUCGAUGGUCCGACGGGCCGAUCUCAUUGUGGCGUCCGGCAGAUUAAAGUCAAUGUCGUUUCGACCGGUCGAAGUCGACAUCCCGUUCAUGCAGCCCACACCGCCGGUCCUGAUCUGGCUGCCGCUUCCGCAUCUCGACUCUCUCGCCAACGCAUGUGUGUACUGCGGCAUUGUCGUCCCCAACUCUCUCAGUUACCUGGAGUCAGGCCAAGAUCGCAAGCUGGAGGCGCUUUCGCACGCUUCUCAUUUGCAGAGCUUUCCCACGCCAGGCUUCAUGAAAGCGACCUCGAGUGACCUGCGUCUAACCAUCUUUGAGCAGCUUUCUCCUGAUCAACGGCUCAAUCGGUCGAGGUGGCUCAUCAUGAGGAUCAAGAGCGCGCGUCUACUGUUGGCCAUGCCACGCCUUCUGAGCCUCGUGCUCGUUGCGACUUACCUGCUCAACGAGCCUGUUCUCGCAGCAGGUGAUGACGAGAAAGGUAAAGGACUCGAACCUUCAAGCUUCAUCUUCGAGUCUUCUGGUCCAGCUCGACUAUCUGGAGCUUCUUCUGUGCCUCGCAGGCGAAGCCGACUUUCAGCUAUGGGAUCACCCUCAACUCCAGGCUCGUCCUCAAAUCCUGGCUUCGUCUCGCACCCUGGCUCGUCCUCGAACCCUGGCUCUUCCUCGGCUCCUGGCAUGUCGUCGGAUCCUCUUGUCGUCUCUGAUCCUGCCCAAGCUGCACCUCCCCCGACAAUUCCCGAGAUCGAAAUCGUACCCCCUUCCGUCCACUUUCCGCCGUUCAUUAACAUCGUUCCUAUCCCGGAACACGAGCCCUGGCACAUGUAUCGCCAGUUCAGGUACAGACUCGCUCAGCUCGACAUCGACCACCGAAGCCUGGCUCUGCUCAACCCUCGUGCCGAUUUUGUUGGGGACCAUCGCACAAUGUUGAGGGACCAACUUCAGGCUCAAGUCGACUUGAAGCACGCGCUCGUCUUGACACCAACUAUCGAUCACGGGGGUAGAGUCUAUGCGGUGCCGAUCUUUCGCGACUCGGUCAAAGAGGCGCUGAUUGGAUCGAAGAGCCACCAGAACGUGGGAUGGGCUUUGAUCGGUAUUUGGCCGGGUAGGCAGACAUCCGUCGCUUGGUUUGGAUAUGCUCUCCUGGACGUCAGGGGUCGAGCAUCUUUGAUUCAGAAACUCCAGGACUCUGUCAAGGUGAAAGUUCUGGCGGACCUGUUGAGGCCUAUACCGGUAUGA